ACUUACAGUUUCAUAUUUAAAUAUUUGUAAUUGAAUGUUAAAUGUAGCCAUUUGGAAAAUUCCUGUGUGGCCUCUUGUGGGCUUUAACAGGAUAAUGUGCACUGAUAAGACUCCGCCACUAGUUGUCUCAGUUGCACGUACUUGCACAAAAUGACGAUCACAACCAAUACAUUUAAAUAUAUUUCCUCUGCUGUUUUAAAAAUUAGGUGCGUUAGUGUACUUGCGCAAUCUUCUUUCCUAUUGAUAUUAUUGAAAGACUAUAGUUCUCCUGCUGAUAGCUGUAUUUUACGCCUGAACCUUUCUAUCUCAGUUCUGCUGGAGCUGGACCUUGACCCUAUAAUCCCGGCCUCAUUUCACGGAGUGGUCCUGCAGAAUCCCCAGCAUUACUGCACCAGAAGUGGGUUAGGGGAAAACCAAAGGGCCACAGGAGUUUGCGACGAUUAGCAGUAGUCAUGCCUCUUCCUGUGGAAGUGCUUAUAAUUGGAGCUGGAAAUCGGGGACAGAUUUAUUCAUUUUUUGCCAAGGAUUUUCCAGAGCGAAUGAAGGUUGUGGGAGUAGCUGACUGCCGCCAAGUUGCCAGACAGAAUUUGCAGAUGAAAUACUCAGUGGCAGAUUGUAAUGUCUUUGACGAUUGGAGGGGAGCUGCUGCUCGGGUGAAGUUUGCAGAUGCAGUGGUCAUAGCAACACCUGACAGACAACACAAGGAACCAGCAGUGGCAUUUGCAGAAAAGGGCUACCACAUCCUGCUGGAGAAACCCAUGGCUGUAACUGUUGAUGAUUGUAAGGAAAUUGUUGCUGCGUGCAUGAAGCACAAUGUGAUUCUUUCAGUUUGCCAUGUCCUGAGAUACUCACCAGCAGUUGUAAAAGUGAAGGAGCUGCUGAGCCAGGGAGUGAUAGGAGAAGUGGUCCACAUCCAACAUCUGGAACCUGUUGGUUUUUAUCAUUUUGUUCACUCAUUUGUCCGAGGGAAUUGGAGAAAUGAGCAAGAGAGCACCUUCUCACUAUUGGCUAAAUCUUGCCAUGACAUUGACAUCAUCAACAGCUUGAUUGGAAAAAGGUGCAUCAAAGUUUCAUCAUUCGGAUCACUCUCACAUUUUACCAAAGAAAAUAAGCCUCAGGGUGCUGCUUCUCGAUGCUUGAAUUGUGCUGUGGAGCAGAGCUGUCCAUAUUCUGCCAAGAAACUUUACCUGGAAGGUGUCAAGAAUGGUCACAAAGGAUGGCCUGUCUCGACUAUCUGCGAAGGCGCUGAUGUUGAUAUUGAGUCGGUUACUAAGGCACUUUGUGAAGGACCUUAUGGAAGAUGUGUAUACGAAUGUGACAAUGAUGUUGUCACCCAUCAGGUUGUGAAUAUGGAGUUUGAGGGGGGAGUGACAGCAGCUUUCACUAUGGUGGCCUUCACUGAAAAACUGUGUGACAGGAGCAUGACAAUUUAUGGAACUAAGGGUGAGCUGUCAAGUGAGGGCCAGCAUCCCGUGAAAGUUUUCGAUUUCCUCACACAGACUAAAAAGGAGUACCCCUUGGAUUAUUCUAUACUGCAGCAAACUCAGCUGAGAGGGCAUGGAGGAGCUGACUAUUAUCUGAUGGACAGCUUUAUACAAGCCAUUGCUGAGAAUAAUCCAUCACUGAUCAUGACUGGUCCUGAAGAAACCCUGGCCAGCCACCUGCUGGUGUUUGAUGCCGAGCGUGCACGAAGGGAAAGUCGCAUCAUCUACUGUAAUCGGACAGAAUGAUAAUAGCUGCAAGCACCUCAACAUGUGGGAGAAAUUUGAGGAGUUUUCAGGAUUUAUAUCUUUCACUAUAUUCCAGGUGUACAUUGCCUUUCAGUUGCAGUAGGGAGUAAACCAGGUUUGGUAUGAGCUCUAAUCUUUAACUUCAUUUCCCCAAUACUUAAUUUUAAAACCUACUACUUUUGAUUAGGCAAUGGAAUUGAAUCAGAUAUUAAGAUAUUUGUGUAUAUUUAUAUUAAUGGAAAAAGAUGGUUUGUGGAUAUCAGUGAACAUUAGACCAAGAUGUAAGUUCUAAUUAGUAGCAUCAUUGAUUGGGGGUGAAUUCAAUUGCCUGAUUUAUAUUGAGAAAUUAAAACAAAAAGAUAGGUCAAUGUAAGACAAUGCAAUAAAUGGUAAAUGUAACUGCGACAGGGAGUAAAUUAAUCAUUUGGGAAAUAGAGUAAAUAAUCAGGAAACUCAUUCAUUCUUAUUUGCCUCUGACUGAAUCUGGUUAAAAUGACAUCUGUCUGAAAACAACAUUAAAAGAGAGAGGACGGGUUUAUGUCAUUGACAUUAAAUAGGUUUGAAUAGUAUAAUUAGUGCUGUAACUGGAUCCUGACCUGAAGCAGGGCAAUGAACAACAAUUCUAGGAAAAUUAUUUACUGCAAAUUAUUUUUAUUUUCACAAAGUAUUUUCAUAUGUUGUAUGGCCAGAUUAAUAUUAAAUGUGAAGGAUUAGAACUGUCCAGUACUGCUUUAAAGUGGAAAUGUAAAGGAAAUGUGCACCGAGGACUACUGUAACUCGGAGUAGCAUUGGUGAGAAAGGGCAAUGAAACUUUCCAGGAAUCUUUAUGGAGUGUAUCAGUCAGUCUACAUCAUCAGCAAAGUGACAGAUAGUGACAACAACAGUUACUUCUAACUGCAUAUAGUCCACAUUAACCAGAUAACUGAUGCCCACUCUGUGUUCCACCAGGACCACUCGCUGAGCUUCAGAGGUGAAGCAAAGUGACUGCUGUAGAUAUCAAAGCAGCAUUUGACUGAUUGUGGCAUCAGGAGGCCUGGUAAACCUGAAGUCAUUGGGCAUCCAGAGGAAAAUAUUCCAGUCCUUGGAAUCAUAACUCACAUAGUGUGGUGCAGAGGUCAAUUAUCACAGCCCCCAAGACAUCCAGCAGGAGUUUCCCUGGGCUUUGCCUAGGACCUACCUCAUAAGAUUGGAACUGAGGAUGUUUGCUGCUGAUUGUUCAAUAUAUUUGCAGUUUCUCAGGGAAUGAAACAAUCUAUGCCUGGACUUAGUAAGACUGCGAUAA